UAAACUACAUUAAGAGAGAAAAACACAAUUAAACCAUGGCCUCCAGAAUGAAUCUCUCUGAAGAACAUGACACACAGAUAAAGACAGUCAAGAGUCAGAUUCAGGGGCGUGAAUCAGAUUUAUCUGAACACAUGGAUGUGUCUGUGAGGAAAAACCCAGCGAUGGAUGUUUCAGAUCUCUGCAGAGAGGAAGACUCUUCUGUUGAGUCCAGUCUGUGUCAGAAUGAAUCUCCUGAACCCAGCUGUGUGUCCAUCAAGAGUGACCGGUCAAUGGGUCAACCAAUUCAUUUCAGCUCUGGAGACACAUCUGCUGAUCUGAGUCAAAAACAUAAAGGACGAGAAUCACAUACAGCAAAGAAGAAAUUAGACUCCAUUUUCAAGGAGCUUGAGCACAAAAUCAUCUCUGAGUUAAAAAGCUUUAAGAGACUACUGAGUCCAGAUUACCCAGAAUGCUCUGAAAGAGACCGUUCUGAUGAUGAGGGUCAUAACAGAGUCAGAGAGGGUCUUCUGAAGAUCACACUGCUCCUCCUGAGGAAGAUGAACCAGACAGACCUCGCUGACACACUACAGACCAAACUGAUGCCUGUGUAUCAACAAAAACUCAGAUCCAGACUACAGGAUAAAUAUGAGAGACUCAGUGAAGGACUGUCCAAUCAUGGAGACUCAACACGUCUGAAUGAGAUCUACACAGAGCUCUACAUCACAGAGGGAGGCAGUGGAGAGGUCAAUAAUGAACAUGAGGUGAGACAGAUUGAGACAGUGUCCAGGAGACCAGAGACACAGGAGACACCAAUCAACUGCAAUGACAUAUUUAAACCCUCACCUGGACAAGACAAACCCAUCAGAACUGUGCUGACUAAAGGAGUCGCUGGGAUUGGAAAAACAGUCUCUGUGCAGAAGUUCAUUCUGGGACUGGACUGA